AAUCAAUAGCUUGCAUGCAGCACUCUGUUAUAGUGGCAGGGGAAAGAGCUCAUUUAGCACAGAGGGGUUCCUUCACCAGGUGUCCAACAGUGAUCCCCCGGUGAGGGCGGUGUGAUUGACCCAUGGCGCGUGCUCUGUCUCUCUCUCGCCCUCUGGCUCUCUGUCGCCCCUUGGGAUUGUGGGGAAUGGCGACUCGGAGCAUGUCUCUGGAGGAGCGGGCCCGGGAGGUGUUUGCGGCCGCAGUUGGUGCAGUGCAGCCGGAUCGGGUGGUGCACAGGGGCCUGGAGCUCAGUGGAAAUCGUCUUCGUGUAGCGGGACACACCUUUGAGCUCAACCACAACCUUUACCUGGUGGGAUUUGGCAAGGCUGUGUUGGGUAUGGCAGCUGAGGCAGAGAGGAUUGUGGGAGGCCACCUGGUGAAAGGUGUGAUCAGCGUGCCACACGGUAUCCAGGAGACGCUGAAACAUCACAGAAAGGGGCAAAUGCUUCUAGGAGCAGACAGUCGGAUCAAGGUAUUUGAGGGUGCCAAACACAACCUGCCUGAUGAGAACGCCCAGAAAGCGGCCGAACGCAUCCAUGAACUGGCCAGUGCUUUGACUGAGUCUGACCUACUGCUUGUGCUUAUCUCAGGUGGCGGGUCAGCACUCCUUCCUGCCCCAGUACCUCCCAUCUCAUUGGCAGAGAAACAGGAAGUGACCCGCAGAUUGGCAGCUGCUGGUGCCACCAUCCAGGAGCUGAACACAGUGCGCCGCGCCCUGUCCUUACUGAAGGGAGGAGGCCUGGCCAACUGUGCCCACCCUGCUCAGGUGGUGUCUCUGAUCCUGUCAGAUGUGAUCGGAGACCCAUUAGAUAUGAUUGCCAGCGGCCCCACGGUGCCCGGCGAGGUGCAGCAGGAGCAGGUGUGGGGGGUCCUAGAGCGCCACGGGCUGUCUGCCUCACUGCCCGCGUCCGUCAGGGAGGUGCUGGGGCGGACGGGACCCGAGCAGACGGAGGGGGAGAGGCAGGCCGAGGUGGGGCGCGUGGUGAACGCCGUGAUCGGCUCCAACGGCAUCGCCCUGGAAUGCGCAGGGCGGUGUGCCCGCGAGCUCGGGCUGCGGCCGCUGGUGCUGUCGCCCGGGGUGUGCGGGGAUGUGAGCUCCGUCGCCCGUCUCUAUGGCCUGCUGGCCCGCUUCGCCAGUGCCCCCGGAGCCCCGCCCGCCAGCCUCGCCCCCCAGAUCCUGCGGCUCGGGCCGGAGGUGGGCGUGGCCAGUUGGGACCUGUGCCGCGCCAUGCAGGUGCUAGAGGAGGGGCGUGGGGACGGCUGGGGCACCACCUGCCUGCUGGCGGGGGGAGAGCCCACGGUGCAGCUGACAGGGAAGGGGAAGGGCGGGCGGAACCAAGAGCUGGCGCUGCGGGUGGGACUGGAGCUGGGUGGGGAGCACCCCCUACAGGGCGCCGUGUUCCUGAGUGGGGGGACGGAUGGGCAGGACGGGCCCACAGAGGCGGCGGGGGCCGUGACGGACGGGGGGCUGGCGGAGGAGGCCAGGGCGCAGGGGCUUGACCCCGAGGACUUCCUCGCCAAUAACGACUCCUUCUCCUUCUUCUCGCGGCUGUCCGCCGGCAGGCGUCUGCUCCUGCCGGGACUCACUGGCACCAAUGUGAUGGACGUGCAUGCGCUGCUGCUGCCCGUGCCCCCACCCGCUCCCCUGCCCUGAGGGGGGCCUCCCGAACCCGACCCCAGCCGCGCAUCAGCCUGUCUGUUACAGGAGCCAGCCUGUCUGUUACAGGAGCCGGCCUGUAAAAAGGAAAGACCGAAAACAAUAAUGCAAACACAAAGGCCUAUGGCAGCAGCAGAGCACAGAUGCGCUCGCAUGAGAACAGAAACUGUGUACCGGCAACGUCAUUGCACACAAACUGUCCGGAUCACAUGCUCACACAAACUGUGGGACCAAGACCAAGGGAGACCAUUUUAAAAAUCUCUUUGGUCAGAAAGAGUGCUUCUAGCAUUCCUCCUCCAUUACCUGCUUCAGACAACCUGUAUCUGAAAUAUUUUAGCUGUACUGCUCUCAGCUCAAUGAAAAUACUAAAUCAAUAACAUGAUUUCAUAUGAUUUCAAAUAUACUUUAAUAUACUACGAUAUUACUAAAAUAAAUUGUAUUCUGUAUAUUUUUGUUUUAGUGCAGUGACUAAUUUAAUAUAUCCAAUGACCAGAGCUUGAUGAUUUUGUAGAACAGUGGUCCUUUUUGAUAGGAGAACUGUAUCUGUAACUCUUUAAGCCCUCAAUCCAUGUUGUAGACGUUAAGGUGAGGUCGUUCAAAGCUCAUAAAUAGCCAUGCAACAAGUGCAAAACCAAUGGUCACUUCGAAUCAGGGAAUGCAAAGAACUGGUUUAUUCUGAACUACCAAUUUUUCAUUUCUGCUCCUUGUAUGCCAGGUACCUCCAAAGGCUCCUAACUGGUCAGAACAGAAUUAAGUAACAGAUGUGUGUCUGUUAAAAUUGCAGAGGAUUGCCAAAAUAUCACCCCUUGGCAACUAUUUGUUUACUAUCAUUGUGAUAAUUCCUCGGAGCAACGAAAAGUUAAGAUUUUUAAUGUUAUUAAUAACAUUUUUGCAGCAGAUAAUUCAUUCAUUCACAAUUCAUUUUUGCUUUCAUUCCCUGAAUUGGUUCUA